AUAAACGAAAUGUAACAAUAAUGGUGAAUGUGAAAAAACUGAAUAACGCAAACAAAUGUUUAUGUUUGAUCAGCCAGAUUAAUCUUUCAGUAAAACUCUUAUUCGAUUUCUUCAUUAAUAAACAGCAGUUAACAAAUUAGACUACUGAUUUGCAAGUCUAACAAUAAGUGUACGCUACGCUGCCACUGAGUUUUAAUGGUAUAAAUUUCAAGACAUCCCAAGAGCAUUUCAUCGCGUCAGCCGGCAACCUAUUAAGCUUUCUCCGCACUUUGUCGGCUGAUGUCACAUGACGUGUAAACACAGUGUUUUUGGAGCUAAAAGAGUACCUACAGAUAAAUCUCAAGAGUUUCAACAAUAAACUUAAAAAUUGCUAUGGAUGUACUGGAGGAAAAAUAUAAAUUCAAGAAUCCUACUGUGCUUUUUCUUAUAUUAAUACUCAGUUUUGAAACCAACAUUGAAACAGUGUUUGGUUCUGUUACUAAUACACCAUCAUGGGGACCCAUUUCCUUGAAACUAGUCUCUGCAUGUGGGACAGAAGCAAAGCUAGAGUGGCAACAAGAAAAUCAAGACGCAGCCCAAAACCUAUCAGCAUUAAAAUGUGAAUUAACGUACUCACUGUCUGGCAAAUCACCUCUAGAGAUUGUGGACAUUUACCUUGAACAACACACUCACACACUCACCUUGUACAACUUGAGCAAGGGGGAGAACUAUUCAGUUUUCAUGGCUUGUGAUGACACUGUUAUCAAAACAAAAGCUUUUAGUUUCAUAUCUGGUGCACUGUGUGAUCAUUCAAGCUCCCAUGUCAAUGUGUCAGAUAGUGAAGACAGCAAACUCGUAUCAACUUAUGCACAUACUUCCAGUUACGACACCAUAGAAUGGCCAAUAGCUAUUGCAUUUGCACUUGUGGGUUUGAUCAUUUGUGCUGUUGUUGCAUUUUACAUGUGGAAAAAGUAUCAACGACGACAGAGAAUUUUAAGAAUUUUCAGGCAAGGUCAGAAUGACCCUUUUCAAGCUCUGUAUAGUCCCACUCAAGAUUCCUACAGCUUCUGACACAAGUGGAUACCCGUUUUACACCAUGUUUGCUCAUCUGCUGCUUGUCCUUGUCUUGUCCAGCAUUAUGUUAUUGUCAUGCUUAAUACCGCUCCAACAGUGAAUCUCAUUUUGUUUUCUCUACAAUUCUGUACCAUUAGGUAAGAUUUUAACAAACUUAUACUAAAGUAACAAUAAAAAAAAAGAUCCAAAGAGUUCUUUUAAUUGUAUUAUUGACUAUUAAAUUGUUUUUUUUUUAAAUGAAGAUGUAAUUCUUAAAACUUCACUGAUAAAAUGCUCUUUUUUAACAGCUUAAAAACUUUUUAGUUAACCUCACUGGAGUUUUGUUGCUCUGUGUGCAUCUUUAGGUACAAUGCCAUUACAUUCCGGUACCCUGUGUUGCAAACUAAUUUUGUCUUAACUGUCAGAUGAUCACUAAUUAAUGUGCAAUAUGUCUAUUAUUUGAUUGUAAUACAAAACAAGUUUUUUUAACUUGUUUUCUUUUGUUUCCAGUAUUUCUAUUGCUGUAAUGUUGAACAUAAAACUGUUAAAAUGUCAUUGGUCAAAACAAUCCAUAUCAAAGAAUUAAUUUAAAAUAUUUUACAUGAAUUAACUUUGUAUUGUUUUUGGCUACUGUAAGGAAGCAUUAAAAAUCCUCAUGGUGUGUUAUUAAUGAUUGAUGGCAAUUAGUGUCCAAUUGAUUAUUGUACAAUAUCAGAAUCCAUUGUAACAUUGUUUGAUCUCAGCUUUUCUUUUUACUAGAAUGAGUGUCUAGUGAAGUGAUCUGGUGUACAUCAGAUCUUUAUUUUUGUCUGUUGUACUAAAGACUUUAAAGUCUAAAUAUAGUUGAUCUUGUGAUUUUUCUUCAUCAUUCUGUUGUUAUGUCCCUUGUGUUGUGCAUGUAUAAUACAUUGUAUUGCUGAUGUUGUACUUCACUGAAGUCGGAUGCAAUGGUGAUUUCUCUGCAUCCUCUCUCCAUGUGUGUUUUGUCUUGUGAAUUUAUCUGUGUUGCUAUUUUUUUUUUACUUUUCUAAUUGUUUUAAGAUUGAUAAACAAAACAGACCAAAAAAAGAGAACUCAUCUCUUUCAUUUGAAGCAAAAUUUUUAUUAUAACUCAGUUUACAUGUUGUUUUUUGCAAAGGCAUUAGCUUGAAUUCUCAUUAAAUCAUUUGUGUAUAUACAUUACAUCAUUCUGAAAUAAAUUUAAAUUUCUGUUUAACAAAUAUUAUUGCUAUUUUCUACAUGUAAGAGUAGAAUAUUCUCUGUUGUAUCUAAAUCUAAUUAAGAGUCACUACUCUUUAAUAUAGUGUAUAAACUAAUGUGUGACUUCUAGGUAGGGGAAUCUUCAGGUAGAAUUUUAUGGACACCUUCUAACAUUAUUUUUUACAUCCUGGUUACCUGUUACUGUUAGUAAUCUACAUGGAGGUUUUGACUGUUAUUUUUAUUUACAAAUGUGCAAUAUAUACACUUUUUUUAUUCUACUUUCAAAUGCUUUUUUGUAUUUAUUACAUUAUUAUCAAUAGAAUUUCCACAUCAUUUGGCAAAAAGUUUGUGUAUUUUAAAAAUACUCUUAUUAUAUUAUUUACAUUUAUUUUUAUUCACAUGUGAAUUUAAGAAUAAUAAUAUCUUGUAAUCAUAAUUGCAGUUGAUUUGUUUACCAUAUAAAAAUUAAAUGUGGGGAAAAUUAACAUUUCUUCAAUACCUAGACACAAAUCUGUUGUUGAGAUUACUAUUUUUAUUACCUGACACUGACAAUACAAGAAAGUAUGGGGUUAUAGUAGUUAAUCUUUAUUUAAGUCAGCAGUGCUAAAUUUAAGAAUCUUAAAGAAGUCAUUACAAAAACAAUUUUAAUCUAAUGCCUUUUACUUCUUUUUAAUAAUGAAUAUCCAACUGCAAAGAAUAAUAUAUUUUGAUUUUAGAGCCCACAAAGUUUAUUUAUUGACACGGACCAAAAUUAUUCAAACAGGACAGAUUGGUUUUAACUGGUUUUUUUUCUUGAUCCUCUGGUACUUGGUAGAAAAUCGAAAUUGUUAUUGUCUAUCUUUUAUAAAAAUACUUUUCUUGUGUUGAUUUCUCUGACCUUUGUAAUUAAAAUAAUUUGUAAAACCAAAGCUUUAAUUCCUGUGUAUGUGUCUCGUGUU